AUGACACAAUACCAAGAAAUUGAUCAAAGAUUUACUAUUAGUUUUAUUUUAAAUCAUCACACCAAACUCUAUGGUGAUUACAAUAACUAUAAUAAUCAAUAUCAAUUACAAUCACAAAAUGUAAAUCAAACUGUUGUCCAUUUGAAUAAAUAUAUUAAAAUAUACAAUGGCAAUGGUGGUGGUGUGUCCAGUGGUAAGGGUAUCACCGGAAGCACAGAGUAUAUUGUUGUCAACAAGACAUCCACAAAGAAUGACUUCUCGAGUGUUGCCAGUAUUCCAAAGAAAUACCCAAAGAGAACUUGGUCCAAAGUCGACAAGGAAAACGAAAAACAUCAACAACAUCCACCUACCUAUGCCGCUACUAAUUACAAUAAAAAAUUAAAAAUAAAAUAA